CCUCCUGAGUUGCAGUCCAAUAAAAUAUUCUGCGAUGCAGCGGCAAAAUCUGUUGUUGCUUUUCGCUGUGAUCCUCGGCCUGGCCAGGAUAACCGCAAUGCCAAAUUCUUGCUUGAAGAAAUUGAAUAAACUUGAAGCGCCCGACUAUUGUUUGGAACGUCAACCGCAUUUCGCCUGCGAGAGCGACGAAGAGUGGGGCGAUAAAUGCAGAAGACCACGAAAAAUAAUUGAGAUGACGCCGGCAUUAAUUAAGCGCAUUGUUAGGCAACAUAAUGUCUAUCGCAACAUGGUGGCAAAGGGCAACAUGGCAAGGCUGCCGGUUGCGGGACGCAUGAUGCUAGUCGGCUGGGAUCCCAUCUUGGCUGAUUUGGCCAAGCUGGCCGUGAGGCGCUGCAUGAUAGAGCCCAUUGAUAUGAGUUUGUCAACGACACUGGCCUCAAGGCCAGGCUACAAUGCGGUAUACAGCAAAUAUCCCAAGCACCAGCCGCAAGACGUACUCAAAAUACUUAACUCCCAUUUAAAGGCCUGGUUUGAUCAGUACUAUUAUGUUAACCUAGAUAGCCUCGUGACGGGCGAAUCGCCCGGCGGUCAGGAAAUAUCACACUUUCUGCAACUUAUUGUCGGUGCAAAUAGUCGUGUCGGCUGUGCCAUGGCCAACUUCCACGAGGGCCCUUGGAAAUACCAAUUGAUGGUCUGUAUAUAUGGCUGCGGUAAGCAGAAGGGACAAUACGUAUAUCGCAUCGGGAAAACGGCCGGCGAUUUAUGCGGUUGCGGCACCGACAGGCAAUACAAGAAUCUUUGCCGGCCUGGCACCGACAAUGGCGACUGCGGUCUAGUAAAAGAAGAUGACGAUGAUAUUGCCGGGCCAUUAACAACAACAACAACAACAACCAGAAAGCCCACGAAGAAAUGCAUUCCUGGUACAAUGCAAGCUGUCUUUGAUUGGGCUUGGAAUUUCGGUUGAUAUUAAAAGAACGACAAUAAAAGUGGACAUCGGCGAAUUAUUAAA